GAAUUGGCUUCAUCGGCCUCAUGCUGCUCCCAGCCCCACCCAGGCCUGCAGGGGCAGGAGCUCUGCCAGGGUGGAGAUGGUGUUCCAUGUUUGCUGAGCUGGCCCCUCUCCAUCUGCUCAUUCAACCUGAAGGGAGCAGGAUGUCGGUGCCUCUGAGGAAACUGGUCCUUCUCACCAGUGCUGACUACCGGGGGCACCUCACGUACUACCUCAUCCACAAAACUUUUUCCAGGGCUUUGUAUUACCAGAUGGCAUUGGAGCAACUGCAAAGCCACCCCAAGGCACUGGAAGCUCCGGGCAGUCCUCUCAACGCACACUAUCUCCAGCUCACCGACAAGCACAGCUUCGUGGACAUUGCCAAUGCCCAGCCGAGGAUACCUGUCUCUGGAUCUAGGUCGGAGGGCCAUCUCUAUGUCAGUUCAUCCAGAGAUGCCCCCUUUCAGAGGUGGCACCUUCAGGAGGUUUUCUUAGAGCUCAAGGGUGGUCACAUUCCCCUGGUCAAGCUAAGAGAGCAGAAUGGUGAUGAAGUGGAAAAGGAGUAAAGAUGAUUCGACUUUUUUCAAGUCUGGCUUUCCCUCAUCUCCACCAUGUACCUGCCAGGGUGACAGCUCAUCUGAGUGGAAGGCACUCCUGUGAGCAAAAUUUCCAGCCACCAGUGGGGAUGAUUAUAUGUGCUGGCAUAUACAUUUUGGUAUAAUUCUAACCUGACCACAGCAAACACUAUUGUGGUUUUUUAAUUGAAUCAGAAAGAAAAUUUUAUUAUGAGUUUAUAUGGUAAUUUAUUUAAAAGUGCUCUGUAUAUAAAUGCGGAAAGCACAGAAUUAAAGGAAUCAUUAAUAAUA